UGUCGCCGCCGCCCUUUUCUCUGCAGUUAACUCCUUACCAACGUUACCACCGAUGCAACCAUCGUCGUCAUCAUCAUCAUCAUCAUCGUCGUCGCCGUCGUUAACACCGUCGUUUGCAUCUUAAGCGGACGCGCAACACACACACGAGCGUCAUCACCGCGUCCAUUUCCUCUGCCCGGGCGAACCAGGCCAAGCCAAGUGGCGUUCGAAUUGAGCCUCUGCUCAUGAUGAUUAUAACAACAGGAGCCGCAAUAAUUAGCAAUGCGACAAGGAUGAUAGGGGCGUUGAUGAUGAUGAUGAUGUGAUACAGCUGGCCCCGUGGGUUUCUGUGUGUCACCACUGCCCUUGCUGAACUCUUAGUGGGGGUUUUUUUUGUGUUGUUCGUGAGUAUUUGGAUUCGGUUCGGGUUAUUGUGCUGGGCAUUCUGAACAAAGAGAGACAAAGACGAAUGCGGAGUUUGCCCGCCUGAAGGUGAUGAUGCCACGAUCCAAGCAAAUCAACCCGCAGCCUCUGAGCCAUAAACGAGAGGAAGCCAAGAGGGAGCUCGUGGGCACUGCUCUGCUGAGGCCACCGUCAUCAGGAGCCAGCAGCACAGAAACAGGGGGCUGUCGACCCGACUUCAAAAAAGUCAAACUCAAACCGACAAACGAGGGCUCUGCGGAUACGGAGCCACCGAUCCCCGCUGACCACAACGGCGGGCGGCCAUCGCUGACGACCACUUCGGACCGAGCAACUGAGCGAGUGGCAGCCGAGCGGGCGACCGACGGGAACGCGAGCGAGAGCACAUCCACCGUCCCGGAGACGGCCGCCGGCGAGCCAGGCGAUGAUGAGGAGCCCGCCAGUGCUGGGCGGGCUGGCGUGAGAGCGUCUCGAUCCGGCGGGGACCCCACGAGCGGCAACGUCGCGCUGGAAGCCCUGCUGCAGGCCGCGGGGCCCGAGUUCGGCGGCCCGCCGCAGCCCAGCGGCAUGUCGGUGCCGUUUGGCACCGGCGAGCGGGCCUACGUGACGCACGUGCCGCCCCCCGCAGCCCCGGCGGCGCUGCAUCGCGGCCUCCCGGCUGUCGUGUGCCCUGCGCAGCGCCUACAUGUUGAGCACCUGGCCACCAGACAGCACCAGCAGUACCAGCAGCAGUACCAGCAGCAACAGCAGGACGUUGCCCGGGCGGUGCUCUCAUUAAGUCCGGGGAGGAUGGGUGAAUGCCUGACGAUGGCCUACACCGCCAGCGCCCUGGUGUCGCAGCCAGCGUGCUUCCCCAACGGGCAAGGGGGCAGGGCGAACGUGGGCGGUCUGCAGGUGGGCGAGGAGGCGGCGUGCGAAGCGCCGGGCGCCGCCAAGGAACGGCCCAAGCGCCUGGGCCGCUACGUGUGUGAGACGUGCGGCAUGGGCUGUGCCAAGCCCAGCGUGCUGGAGAAGCACGUGCGCUCGCACACGGGCGAGCGGCCCUACCCGUGCAGCAUCUGCAACAGCGCCUUCAAGACCAAGAGCAACCUGUCCAAGCACAUGAAGUCGCAGGCGCACGUGCAGCGCGAGGGCGGCUCGUGCGGCACGAGCGUCGAGCAGCAGCAGCAGGGGGAGGGCAGCGGCCGGGACGACGGGGACGACGCCGCCUCCGACUGCGACGGCGACGACGACUCGGACACGGACGACAGCCCCGAGGCGGCCGUCGCCUGUGGCCGCGUCGUCCUGGGCUGGGUCCCGACGCAGUCAACCGUCUCGGAACCAGGCGCCUUCGUGCACGGAGCCCACACGGAGAUCGAGCCCGCUCGGGACGACCGGAAGUGCAACGGCGGCGACGGGCGGCGAGCGUGCGCGGACGAGCGAGCCGAAGCUGCCGAGCCCACGAGGGACCUCUCCGUGGAGCGCGCGCAGGGAAUUGAGCAGCACAAGUUUGAGAUGCGCCACCUGAAAAUCAGCUUCGAAUCCGAAUCCGGCAGCCCCAUGGGGAAGAACAGGAAUGACUCUGGCUACCGGUCUUUUUCUGAAAGCCUGGAACUGCCGUCCGUCACACCAACUACAGCGCAGCACUUCUCCUUCACUGAGAGCGGCAGUGGGGAGGCGAGGCCCGUGAACUCGCGGCCGCCCGUGUUUGCCGUCGCGCCGGCUGCGGCGGCCGCAAUGCGGAUGGUGCCGCCCAGUGCGGAGCGCGUGGCCAUCGACAAGCACAUCGGCGACCACAUCGACAAGCUGAUCUCGCAGAACGAGGCGCUGGUGGACAACCGCGAGCUGGACAGCGUGAAGCCGCGGCGAGCGUCGUGCGCGCGCCGAGCCAGCAUCGACUCCCCGCGGCCCUACACCUUCAAGGACUCGUUCCAGUUCGACCUGCGGCCCCAGGACCCACACGGCCGUGCGGGCCCCGAGCUUAUGAGGAGUCCCCCGCCGUUUUCCCCCCAUGGCAAAAGCGGCGUCAAGCCCUGGAUGCCGCUCUUCCCUCCGCCAAAAGAACGCGGCGCGCACAGGACCGACGGCAGGGCGUCCGCGCCGCGCGUCUCCAAGUUUGCGUCGUCCGGCUCGCUGGGGCACAGCUUCGAGUCGCAGUGCGACGACGUGUUCACGCCGGGGCCGGGCCAGAGCCCCCCGUCGCAGUCCCCGCGCCUCACGCGCCAGGGAGCCGUGGACGAGGACGCGGCGCGUCUCAAGACGCAGUCGGUGGACGAGGCGUCGCGAAAGCAGUCCGUCGUGGCCGAAGGCGACGGCGACCAUUUCCCCAAGAGUCGCUCGCUCGACGAGGUGGCCGGCGAGCGGAGGCCCGAGGGCGGCAGGAGGGGCCGGCGCGCGGCACGCGGCCGCGGGCUCAUGUUCGAGUGCGACACGUGCGGCGUCAAGUACCGCAAGCCCGAGAACUACGAGGCGCACAAGAAGUACUACUGCUCGGAGCUGCACGCACCGCGCACGCGCUCCCUGGGCCCGCAGCCCGCUGGCAACACCCACCCGCAGUUGGGCCACUACAAGGUGUCGGUCGACAGCCUAGAGAAGGCGCCGCUCAUGAAGAAGCGCAAGAGGGCACACGGCUCGGGGGACAGAGACGAGGAGGAAGCGGCAGUCCCCGGCGGCCGGAUUACGCCGCCUGCCGCGCUCGGCGCCCGCGUCUUGACGACGUUCGUCGGGAAGCCGGAGCCCGACCUGGGCAAGUCCAUGACGCUGCUGGACAAAUUGGGUGCAAAUGGCAGCAGUGCCUUCGUGUUCCCAUGCGUGCGCUUUGAGGGCUCGGAUGCCAGGGCAGGCGGGAACGAGCAGGCGUUGUCUUCCGGCUCCUUCGCUAAGACGGUGCCACUGCUGUGCGUGCCGCCCCGAGUUGGAAACGGAGCGAUGUCUGAUCAGGGGAGGUUGGGCGAGGGCUUCGCCACCUUUGGGCGGGCAAAGUCUUUCGAUGUACCGCCCAUGGCGAGAGCGAGUUCAUUCGAUGUGACGCGUGCUGACUCGGUCGGUCAAAGAAGGAUCGGAGGUCAAAUCUCCGUGAUCCAGCAUACCAAAUUCCUGAACAAGGCGAAGUCCGUUGACAGCAGCGAGCCCCCCGCGGAGUGCUCGGCCACACUGUUGAGAAGCGCUCCGUGGAAAGCGUGCGACGUCGCCAGUGCCCAGGCAUCGAGCGACGAAGUUUUACAGGAAGCGUCGCCCUGCGCCGUCCGCUUCCAGAACAGAGCGAUGGUUACACCACAGCCUCCACCGACGCUUGCUGGUAUCGCCAUCAAGAUUCCGAAAAUAUUGAUCAGCACAGACUCGCAGAGGAAUAAGUUCGAGCAGCAGCAGCAGCAGCAUGUGGACGCUCCAGUCAGCGAUUGCUCGCAAGUGUCCGUGAAGAAACUGCACCCGAAGAAGCAACAAAUGCGACGUGUAAUAUUGGACCAAAAUUUUGACGACGCCUCCAAUGGGGAACCGAGCAGCAGGAGAGGUCCCUGGGGUUCCAACCCGGGCGAUGGGGUGUAUCCAAGCGUGGGUCUCGUGCAACCACUGGAGCAGCAGCAGAGGGGGCCCAUGCGGCGCACGUCGUCCGAGCAGGCGGCUGGCUCUCCACCGUUCGUCGAGGUGUCUGAAAUGCUCCGCAGCCGCUCGCUGGACUUGGGCGACGAAGAGCCGGGUGCCGCUCCAGCAUCGGUCAUGCGUCCGCCUCCACGCUCUACGAUGCUGCACUCAACGCUGCGGCCCUCGCCCUUGGUUACCGCUUCCACACCCACCUCAGUGGUAGAGCGUGGCAAGGAGCCAAAUCGAGACCAGCUCUUUAUCCCCCACUACCAGAUUCAGCCGGGCCGCAUCGCUGAACGUGCGUCAUCACCCCUGAUAAACAAGCCUCAACAUCGCUCCGACGUUCUGGAAUCUGUACGAGAUUUUGGCAGCUGUGACGCCUCAUUGCGCGACAGGUGUUUAGCGAUAAAGGGUCAUGAACCCGAGGACUCGUGUGCCGUUCCUAAAUCGUCCUUGCCGCCCCAAGGUGUUGCCAUGCCUGUGUCAUGCUCAGAAGAGCUCCCAUGUGGCUCAACAUCUUCACCACCUCAAGGCACUCUCCAGCUUUCCCCUCAGGUGUCAAUACUAUCCACACCAGCAGCCUUACCUCAGGUUCACCCACCGCUGUCGCCAUCUUCAUUCCAUCGGGACCGAGAAACAUCAUCCCCAUCGUCCAAUCACGAAAGCCAAAGUAAAACCCUCGCACCGCAUCCCACUCAAGCUCCCAUUGCUGCUGCAUCAUCCCCCGAGGAUCGGGCGUCAAGUGCAGCGGCGGAACAUUCGGCCAGAAAACUCUCCCCGGCUCCGGAGUCGGACGAGCCGAACGCUGUCACAGCUCCUGAACACCCCGCGGCAUCUCUCCUCGUCCCUCCUCGCGGCGCAGCUCCAGUCUGCUCGGCGCCUCUUCCAGGGGACGCUGUCCCGUCCUCGUCUCGGGCUCCCACUCCGGCCGCACCGGUCCCUCACCCCGACCCUUGUCAGCCACGCGGCGCCGGCUUCGAUGCACGCGCCUGCGCGGGCCCCCCAAACGCUGGCGUCCUCGUGGCUCCUCCGGGCGGCCGUCACAAGGCGGGCUCGCGCCCCCCUUCUCCGGCCGCCGCUCCGUCAGCCGCUGCCGCUUCCCUUGCGGGAAAUCCGUCGGCGGAGGCGCCCUGCAGGAAACGACCGCUUGCCACCGCAGACGAAGUGGGAGAGGGGCCCGCCGCCGAGCGGCAGCACGGCAAGUGCGCGAAGCAGGCGGCGUUCGGAGCUGACGGCGCGCAGGCGAACGCCGCUCCCACCAAGCCGCGCAAGCCCUUCCUGCAGCGGCAGGAGAGGGUGGAGGACCCGUCGGUCUCCGCUUCGAAGCCGGAGGAGUCGGCGGAACACGCCUCCGAGACGCCCAGGAGCAGAGGACGUGACUCCUCGGUGACGGUGACGGUGACGGCCGGCGAGGUGGACGCCGCCGACCCUCGGCCCUGCGCAGCUCCGAGCGGGGGAGGCGGCCCCCCUCUCCCGGGGACGAACGGCGCAGCGGACGUGUCGUGGUGCUACCUGCAGGCGCAGCCGAGCCACCACGCGCAGGGUGACGGCAGGGCGUCGGUGUAUUCUCGCUGGGACGUCGGUGACGGAGAGAAGGCGGCGGGCGGUGGCGCGGGUGGCGCCGGCGGUGUCGGUUGCAGGCCGCCGCCGCCGGCGCCCAGUGGGCCCGGCUGCGGAGCGUACACGACGGCAGUGGCUGUGCCGCAGGAGUACGGGCGGGUGGUGCAGUCCUGCGAGUGGAAGAGCAGCCAGCAGAUUUGCCAGGUGAAGGACGAAGGGAAAGCCGCACCCCAGCAGGCGCCGGCCCACCAGGGGAAGGCGCCGAGCCUGGACGAAGCGACGGGGGAAGGGGGGGGAGACGGCGCUGUCCCAGAAACGAGGCGCGUCAAAAUCUUCGAGGGAGGGUACAAGUCCAACGAGGAGUACGUGUACGUGCGGGGCCGCGGCCGGGGCAAGUACGUGUGCGAGGAGUGCGGCAUCCGCUGCCGGAAGCCCAGCAUGCUGCGCAAGCACAUCCGCUCGCACUCCGACCUGCGGCCCUACCGCUGCAACGUCUGUCGCUUCUCCUUCAAAACCAAAGGGAAUCUCACCAAACACGUGAAGUCCAAGACUCACAGCAAAAAGUGCGUGGACACAGGAGUGACACCAUGCACCUCCCUGGACGAGGCGGACGAUGACUGUGACGCCAGCGGGUACGCCGAGGGAGAGAAAGGCGACGAUUCUGAGGACGACAACGAUAGUGACGAUGAAGACGAGGAGGAGGAGGGCAGCAUCGACUCGACCGAGAUCCUUUCGGUAGCAUCCGCAUCCCAGGGCUCGGCAGCUGAGCAGCACCCGUCCGGCAAGCCACCACGCUCGACAGGCUCCAGGUCCCCCAGCGAGUGCCCCGCGGACAAGAGCCCGACCGGGACCGAGGAGGCGCACCGCGAAUGCGACGCAGGAAGACCCGAAGCCAGCUCCCCUCGCUCCCCAAGCCUCUUCAGUCACCUCCCCCUGCACUCGCAGCUUCAGGCAGAGCGGACCUUGCUGCCUGUGCUGCAGGUGGGCAGCGGCGGUGCCGGCUGCGGCGGAGGAAGCUCACAGCUGCUCGCGUCGACCAAUGCCGCCCUGCUUCCCGCUGUCCCAGAAUGCACCAUCGGCUUCGUGAGUAGCAGUGGCAUCACCUCCCUGCGCUGCUUGCCUGUCAUGUCCCUCCCGCUCGCUACCAAGAUUUCCACGGUGAAGGCCCUGCCCCUAAUUCCUGGACAAAUCCCACACCUGCUCGUGCCAGCAGAGGCCAGCGGUGCAAGCGGCCGUGCCGCAGUGGACAGCAAGGGGCAGGACGCAGCGCGGGAGUGCCGGAUCUCGCACAACGGACAUAGUGUGGCUGUCACUCUGACCAGAGCUAAUGAGCCCACGGGUGUUUAGGUCAUCGGGGUGAAGAUGAGAAAUCUAUUCCGUUCUCUGGCACCACUGAAUUAAGUUAAUUGUAAUUUUUUUUUGGCGUGUGUACAUAAUUUGUUUUUCCCUUGUUUUUUGGUAUUGCCCGCUUUAAUGCUUUUUUAUCUCCUUUUCAGCACCUUGUUUUUAAAUGCGAUUUUGUACUGAAAGGUUAUAUGUACAUAUGACUUGUAUGGGUGUUUUUUUUCUUCUUCAAAAUGUUAUUUACUGUUAAAUUAUACAGAUUGCUAUUUCCAUUAUGACAAUUGCACGGGGUCGUUUUAAUUUUGGUUUGGCAGUUACCCAACAUCUCCAAAGUUAUCAUGUUUGACGAGUUAAAAAUAAUAGUUCUGGCCCCAGAGGCACAAUGGAUACACAAAAAACAUCAGGAAUUUACGUUUAAUUUAAUGAUUGUUAAAGUUGAAUAUGCACCAUGUGUUUUCUUUGACAACCUCUCUUUUAACACGACAUGUGAUUGUGUUGAAAGGGGCUCUAUCCUGGAGACACCAAUUUGGAGUAAAUCUACUAUUUGAUUCUUCUGGGUAUAUUCCCCAGCAUCCCAGCAAUGAGCCUUUGCUGCCCGCUGGCUUUUCAAAUUAGGCAAUUUUCGUAAACCUUACGCCUCACCUGAAAUUGCACAAAUACGACGUUAAUUGGUGGUACAACAAUUUUUUCAAUGCACAUCCUCUAAAUGUGAUUGCGAGAAAAAACACAUUAAGUGCCUUAGAUCCGAAUAAUAUUUCUUUGUGGUCCUAGGUGAACUUGAGGGAACAAACCUCACACGUUCAGGGAAACAAUCAGCAAUAUUAACUUAAGUACUGUUUGCAACCAUUGUCGUGAUUACUGCUCUUAAAACUGCUCGAUCAAAUGUUUUAUAAUCAAAUACAUGACAACCUGUUUAAUAUUUACUACAAAUGUAACAUUAAACAUUGUACAUUUUGUUGCUCUUGUUUAUAUUCACAAUUUUAAUGUGACAUUGGACCUUCGGUUGUUAUUACGGUUAUUGUUUUGUGUACGAGGACGGAGGAUACAUGUUCGUGUAAAUGCAAUAUUUCAUGUUCAUUUUUAUGAGAAAAGUGUCCUGUGGACUAUUUUCACGCGAGUAGAAGAGAGCUGCAACAAAUGAAGCCAAAUAUUCACUUUCAUUUUCCAGCGUUGAGCAAAGAGAUGUACGUCAACACAUUUUCGCCUUCAAAAACGUAGCUUUGCUAAAACCCAGACCAAUUUUCACUCUGUCUCACCGGUGUUACUUCAACUGAAACAAUUUACAUCAAUUUAAAAGCAAUAAUCCAUAUUAUCACCUUUAUCUCUCUCUCUCUCUCUACUUUGAUACUGUCCUUAAUUCACGCCCAACCAAACAGUGAUGCACUUACACACUUGGGUUGCCGCGAUAUAAUGUUUCAUGAUAUGAUAUUAAAUUUCACGAUGUGAAAAUGA